AUGGUCACGAAAGUAAGAGAAACUCCGGCUCCGAAAGCAAAUCGAAUGGAUACGUUGGUGAAAUUUGGGUUGACAGUGCAGAAUUUAGCCGCUCAUUUAAGGGCAGUUGGACAGGAAAGACAUCUGUCUAAUCCAAUUUUGCUGCAGGAGCUGGUGGAUAAGUUACCAGAUGCAGUAAAAUUUAACUGGGCCUUGUAUCAACAACAAUUACCAGUAGUGGACCUAAGCACAUUCAGUGACUAUAUGGCAAAAGUUGCUUCGGCUACGAGUACAAUAGUGUCAUGUGACAUGGAUUCAAAACAUGUUCAUCGAGAUGAUCGUAGACCUAAAAAGAAGGGAUAUGUCAAUGCACAUGCAGUGGAGACGGCUCAGUUCUCCCGUGAAACGGCAGAUGGAAAACAACGGAUCCAUCCUUCGACCGAAAUAAUCAAAAAGUCAUGUUCUGUUUGCAGCGGUGGCAAUCAUCAAGCAACCAACUGUGCUACAUUUAAAAAACUGUCUGUUGAUGAGAGGUGGAAGAUCGUCAAAGAUCGCAAGCUGUGUCGACGGUGUCUCAUAGCACAUACUCGAUGGCCUUGUAAAGGAGAAAUCUGCGGUGUAGGAGGAUGUCAAAAGCGCCAUAAUCGGCUCCUGCAUUAUGACCCAUUAUCAACUGAAUCGAAACCUGGUGUAUCAGUGAAUGCCACAGUCACAAUUCAUCGUCAGUCAGCAGCAUCCACUCUGUUCCGUGUGAUUCCUGUAACUUUAUAUGGUGAGAAAGGACAAAUUAACACACAUGCGUUUUUAGAUGAUGGUUCUUCGGUCACGUUGGUAGAACAAGCGAUUGUGGAUUCGUUGGGUGUGGAAGGAAAGACCGAAUCGCUCUGCAUUCAAUGGACAGGUGGAAUAAACAAAACAUUCUCGGGUGCUCAGCGUGUGAAAAUGAAUAUCUCGGGAGUUGGUAGUAGCAAACAGUUUGAUAUUUCUGACGUGUAUACAGUAGCGAGCCUUGGUCUACCAGAGCAGACGUUAGAUUUCGACGGCAUGGUGAAUCAAUUCAAACAUUUGCGAGGAUUGCCGAUAAAAAGUUUCAAACAUGCUGUUCCUGGGAUUCUCAUUGGUUUGAGUAAUACCCACCUGUUAGCUACGCUGAAGUUACGCGAGGGUCUUCCUCAUGAACCGAUUGCCACGAAGACUCGCCUAGGUUGGACGGUAUAUGGAAGUGUAGUAGGAGCAGAAGCACCGUUUAACCAUCGACAAAUGCACAUUUGUGCUCGAAAUAAUGAUCAAGAUCUUCAUGAGUAUGUGCGCAGCUUCUUUUCUGUAGAAAGCCUCGGCAUAACGAUAGCCCCAGAAAUCGAAGGAUUGCAAAAUCAAAGAGCGCGACAGAUUCUCGAGUCAACUACAAUACGUACAGCGAGUGGGAGAUUUGAGACCGGACUUCUAUGGAAGCAAGACGAAGUGGAGUUCCCUGACAGUCGACCGAUGGCUGAAAAACGUUUACGAUGCCUGGAAAAACGAUUGAAAAAGGAUCCAUUUCUGUACGAUAAGGUACGACUACAGAUCGAAGAGUUUCAACAAAAGGGAUAUGCGCACAAAGCCACCGCAAAUGAACUGGCUUCAUUCAACCCUAACCGUACAUGGUAUUUACCCAUCGGAAUUGUUUUAAAUCCCAAAAAACCAGAGAAAGUGAGAUUAAUUUGGGAUGCUGCAGCUAAGGUCAAAGGUGUGGGCUUAAACACAAUGCUCCUUAAAGGGCCAGAUUUAUUGGCGCCAUUAUUGUCUGUACUGUUCCAAUAUCGUCAGCGGAAGGUGGCAAUAUGCUCCGAUAUCAAGGAGAUGUUCCACCAGAUUUUAAUCAGAGAGGAAGAUCGUAGUGCGCAGCUUUUCCUAUGGAGAAAUAAUCCUGAAGACGAAUUAGAAACGAUGGUUACAGAUGUCGCAAUUUUCGGAGCUACCUGCUCCCCAUCUCAAUCCCAAUAUGUCAAAAAUUUGAACGCAGCUGAGUACGAAAAUGAAUACCCCAAAGCAGUGGAAGCUAUAAGAAAGAGACACUACGUAGAUGACUAUUUAGAAAGCGUGGACACAGCAGAUGAAGCUGUUAAAAUAGCUUUGGAAGUCAGUUAUAUACACGCUAAAGCUGGAUUCUUGAUCCGUAAUUGGAUUUCUAACGAUCGAUCGGUAUUGAGAAGAAUUGGGAAAUUGAAUCCAACAGCUGUUAAACACUUUGUCCCUGACAAGGAGAACACAUUCUCGUCCGAACGUCUCCUUGGAAUGGUCUGGUUACCGGAUACCGAUGUUUUUGCCUUUUCGUUAAACUUUCGUGAGGAUGUGCGACGACUGAUAAUAGGAGAAAUUGUACCCACGAAAAGAGAGAUGUUACGAGUGGUCAUGAGCAUCUAUGACCCACUCGGUCUUGUGGCAUCAUUUGUGAUUGAAGGAAAAGUGAUAGUUCAGGAAGUUUGGCGAGCCAAAAUCGACUGGGAUGAUAAAAUAUCGGGAAAGGUGUUUUGUCGCUGGAAGCAAUGGCUUGGUGUACUCCAUGACCUUGAUCGUGUAAAGAUACCUCGUUGUUACUUCCCCUCAUACCAUGUUGGCAGCUUUGACACACUUCAGCUCCACAUUUUUGUUGAUGCCAGUGAAGAAGCAUUCGCAGCAGCAGCAUAUUUUCGAAUUGUCGAUCGAGGGCAUGUGCGAUGUGCUUUAGUUACCUCUAAAACAAAAGUAGCGCCUCUACAACCACUGUCAAUCCCGCGACUAGAGCUCAUGGCAGCCGUUAUCGGAUCUCGCCUGAGAAAAACUAUUGAAGAGGGACACACACUUUCUGUUAAACGUACCUAUUUCUGGAGUGAUUCAACUACUGUGAGAUCAUGGAUAAAAUCCGAUCUGCGACGGUACAGGCCGUAUGUGGCUUUUAGAGUGAACGAAAUACUGAGUCUAUCAACAGAGCACGAGUGGAGAUGGGUUCCGACGCGACAGAAUCCCGCAGACGAAGCCACAAAAUGGGGUAAAGGCCCAGCUUUCGAUAAUGAUUGCCGAUGGUACAGAGGUCCCGACUUUCUAUACGACAACGAAGAAGAAUGGCCGAAGGAUCCUAGUGAUACCCAUGAAACAGCAGAAGAAUUACGUCCUGCUUAUGUGUUUGCACAUUUCAUUCUUAAACCUAUUAUCGUCUACGAGCGUUUCUCGAAGUGGGAAAGAUUGCUGCGAUGUGUGGCAUAUUUGCAUCGUUACAUAGGAAACUGUCAACGUAUGCGGUCCAAGGAACCUCGCCAAACUGGUAGUUUGACAAGAGAAGAACUACAAAAAGCUGAGAGAAGUCUGUGGCGUUCAGUACAAGCUGAAGUGUUUCCGGAUGAAGUUGCUACGUUGAAACGCAAUUUACAAGUAGAAAAAGAAAAACGAAGACCGUUGGAAAGAGGAAGUCCCAUCGCAACAGCGACACCAAGAGUCGACGAUUAUGGAAUUCUUCGAGUGGACGGCCGAAUGGAGAACGCAGAUUGUAUUCCAUAUGAAGCGAAAUAUCCUACUAUCCUUCCGAAAGAGCAUCGUGUUACAAACCUACUACUGGAUUGGUACCACCGUAAAUAUCGCCAUGCCAAUGAAGCAACCGUGUUGAACGAAGUCAAGCAAAAAUUCUACAUCCCGAGACUCAGAGAUCAAAUUCGUUUGGUUAAAAAGCAGUGUAUGUGGCGUCGAGUACAUAAAACAGUUCCUGUAGUACCUCAGAUGGGACCAUUGCCACGUGUUCGAUUGACCCCAUUUGUCCGCCCAUUCACUUUCGUUGGAAUCGAUUUCUUUGGACCAUACCUAAUAAAAAUAGGAAGAAAUGCAGUCAAACGAUGGGUAUCAUUGUUCACAUGCCUAACUGUCAGAGCUGUGCACCUUGAAGCCGUUACAAGUCUAUCCACCGAUUCAUGCAAAAAAGCUAUACGCCGUUUCAUCGCUCGCCGAGGAGCCCCACAAGAGAUAUUUACCGACAACGGUACCAAUUUUGUUGGCGCGAGUAGAGAACUGAAGGAAGAAUUGCAUAAAAUGAAUACAGAAUUAGGUGACACCUUUACAGAUGGCUAUACACAGUGGCGUUUCAACCCACCAGCGGCACCACAUAUGGGGGGAUGCUGGGAAAGAAUGGUGCGAUCGGUGAAGGAAGCGAUGGGUUCACUCCCAACCGAGAGAAAACUUGACGAAGAGUCCUUCGCAACGCUAUUGGCUGAAGUAGAACACAUGGUGAAUUCCCGCCCUUUGACCUUUGUUCCACUGGAUACAGAAGAUUCAGAAUCGCUCAGUCCUAACCACUUUCUUAUGCUUAGUUCAAAUGGGGUGCAACAGUCGGUAAAGAGUCCAAUCGAUGAGGGUGCUACAAUUCGGGGAAGUUGGAAUAUGAUCCAACAUACUUUAGAUAAGUUUUGGCAACGAUGGAUCAAAGAAUAUCUGCCUACCAUCGCAAGAAGAACAAAGUGGUUCAACAACGUGCGAGAGAUCAGAGAGGGAGAGCUAGUUCUUUUAGUGGAUGAAAGGAUCAGGAAUCGUUGGAUUAGAGGGCGUGUACUACGUACCUUUCCGGGGCGAGAUGGGGUUACUCGUCGGGCAGAUGUUCUCACCUCAAGUGGUGUUUUGCAACGGCCUAUUGUUAAACUUGCUUUGUUAGAUGUACUAGGUGACGCCGAAGUCAAGAUUCUGGCGACACAGGGGGGAGAAUGUUCAGUGUAA